AUGCAAUCAUGUUUCGAAAAUAAUGGCCACUUAACAGCGCAGAGAACGAAGGAAAUGGAUAGCGUAAAUCGACACACUGCUCGUGAACGGCCUGUAAGUAGUAAGGAACGAACUAAGUCUCCUUGAAAUCAAAAAUCGAUAACUAUAUGUGAGAAACAUUCAAGGUCUUUUAGUACCUCUCCCUUUUGCUCAUUACAAUCAGAUAAGCUUGCAAUAUAUACUCGCCAAGUUUUGUUGAACCACAAAACGAGCCUUUUAAUUUUGUCACAGCUUCUCAACUCUCCUUCCUAUCAUUUUUGUUUCUGUCCUACCCCAGUGUCCAGUUCAUAAUCUGCAACUCAACAUAGUGCAGGAGGUUCCUAGAAUAUAAUACAAUAAGCAGCAAUAAGCUUACUGACAUUAUUAAUAAUAUUGUUUUGAACAGGCCAAAAAAAGUCCAUGUUUAUGGAAAUUCUAAAUUGAAAGUAAGAAAAUACAGACCGGUUAAGUCUCAUCACUUUGUUGUGAGUCUCAUGAUUUCAUGACUAAGCUGACAGCUGAUUUCUUAUGCUUCUGGAAAAAUCUCACUCCAACAAGUUUUGAAGCAUCUGUACUGUACGGUUUGUUUCCAAAAAUUAAUUUCUGAAAUAAUAAACUCAAUCCAAAGAAGGCAUCUCGCAUUCACGUUUGAUCAGGAAAUAUAUGAAGUGCCAACUUGAUGCAUUACCGUCACGUUUCAGCCUACUCCUGUCUGAACCCCAUCACGAUUUGCUGCUAACAAACGUGCCGCUUGCUUCUGCUUGCUGCUACCAAAUGUGCAUAUUCUUUGUGUGCAAUAAAUGGAGGAUAUUACAUGGUCACUGGAGAUAUGAAAUUUCUCUUCGAGUGUUGAGCACAGCGAAUGAGUGAAAUAUUUUUCAACACCUUAAUCUCCCAGUUGGGAUAGCUGCCGAGUGAACAAAUGUCUGUACAUUAUGUCAGCAGUAACAAAGUAGAACUAGAUUGAUAACAGACUUUCCAAGUCUCACAACUUUGCUGUGUCUUGCCAUUUCACAACCUAUUUCAUGCUCUCAGGGGUUAACAACUGAUUUCCCAGUUUUCUCAAAAAGUCACUCUUUAAGUCCUCUCACUAGGAAAUUUGGGACAUCUCACAACUUUUUCCAACUCUCACUUCUUUUCCCAGCUGUAGGUUCAGAGUCUCAAGAUUUUUGCUUCUUGGGGUUUAGCAAAUCAGGAAAUAUCUGAGAUUAUAGUAACAACCACUUAUUUAUUUGUGUCAAAAAUUUAAGGCUAAUGUUAGUCACAUGUUAUAAGUAAUUAUUGGAUGAUGGUUAUCAGAGGAUGUACCCUGUCUGAUUUGAUAUUUAUGAAAACAGCGCAAACUUAGUUUUUAACGUGUCCCACAUUUUUCUGGCAAGAACUUUUGUAAUGUUACAUAUAUUUUGUAAUACAGUCGAACCUUCUGUAGGUUGAAAACUCAUGGGCACCCAAUGGCUGUUUUCUGUAAUAUAUCCGUUCAAAGAAGCAAAUAUAAUUUUCCAGAAUUUUGUACAUGUUAAGGAUGGCAAAACAUUUCUAGAUGAUUUUUCCAUUCAUGCAUAAAUAUUUGAAGCUAAUCUAAAAAAAUUCCCUAUGAUUUUCUUAAGUUGAAUUUAAGCAUUUUUUCACUCCCCAGGUUUAGCUGUUAUUUGUAGAAAAAGGAAAUGGAAAAUUUUGUGUAUAGAAAAUUUGAUAGAGAGAGUAAUCAGCAAAAUUCUGACCUUCAUAAAGAUUCAGUUUGCAACUAAAAUUUUCAGGAAAUAAUAUUGAGGCCCUUGCAAAUUUGAAAAGUCUCAAGUUGCCCUAAAUUAGCAAACAGAUACAAAUUUUAUAGCACCACUUAUAAUGCUUUUCUAGAUAUUUAAAAGUACUCUGGGAGCCUAAAAAGUUUUUCAGUGUAUUUCAGAAAGAUCUUCAUUGGAUGUCGUUGAAAACGUAGUGGCCAGUUACCGUGUGUAAAGGAGGUGGUCACUUAUGUACACUGUAUGAUAAAAGAACCAUGGUGAGAGUCUCUUCCGAGAAGAUGUCAUGGUACCGAUCUACCUUAUGAAAGAUAACUUAUUGCAUGCAAUUUCUAAGUUAUGAUUAUUAUGUGCAGUAUUGACUGUACAUGUAUGUUGUUACAAAAGUUCUUCAUUUACUCUCAAGUAACAUAGUUUAUAUAGCAAACUGAGAUAAGACCAUGCGUGCAAAUGGUUGCUUACUAGCCUACACCUAGCCGCACCCUUCCCCCGACAAAGGAAAAGUGGAGGGAGGGUGUGGCUACAUGUAGGCUUGAUGCUUACAAGAGGUUAACAACAGUGAAAAAGUUUUAAACUGUCAGCCCCAAAAAGUUGUCAUGUUCACUUAUAGGAGAUGGUUGUUUAUGAGAGGUUCCAGCUGUAAAGCUUUGUUGUUUUGGAUAGGUGGUCGCUACCCUGUGAGCAGAGUCUCCAUCGAUCUUCCUAGAAAAUAUCGGGAAGAGGAUAUUUCCCAAUAUUUUCUAGGAAAAUCGAAGGAGACUCUGCUCACAGGGUAGGUGGUCGCUUAAUAUCAGAGGUACUGGUCACAAACAAGAGGUGGUUUCUCUGAUUGAAGUUUGAGUGUACAACAAAUUUGACGAGUGUUGUUAGACUGCAGAGAUUUAGAAGGUAUUUUUUUUAUCUCAUCAGGAUUUACUGGAAUGGAGGAAGUGCCAAGGAAAGGCUGGGUGGUAUGGAAUGCUGGCUAUUUUAGUUGGUAAGUUUCAAGAUCAUUAUUUUCAAGAUACAUUUAAGUUGGUUGUCUGGUUAAACCUGAGUUUCCUUUGUCUCUUGUGAAUAAUUUGGACAAAACUUCAGUCAGUGAUGAAUUUAGUUGGGUCACUUUGCCCUCAUGGGCAUUUCUCCAUGUUUUUUUGACACUAUCUCUGACCUCAAAAAAGAAAAGUGAAGAUUUCCAUCUCCCAUCCUCUCUGCCUGAAGAGGCUCUCCAAUAGGAUUUUUGGGUUUUGUAAGCAUACUACUUCUUUUAUCCUGGCCACUAUCUAACCUCUAGAUCUAUAUUAAAAAAUGGCACUUUUAAAACGUAUGUUUGGGAUUGGAAUGAUCCAAUACUGGCAGUAACUGUCAGGAUCAUGAAGCAGAGAAAAAAUGCUGAUUCGGAUAAUGGAAUAAAUAUUGAAGAACCCUAUUGGGGUCCCUGUGAGCCAUGUUUUGCCAGUGUUCAGGCUACCUGCAAGAAACAACAGGUACCCCAACUUUGAAUGAAGGGCUGGGGGGAGGGGUCUAGACUCUUGUGUUCUCUAAAAAAUACUCCAUUUAACAACAGUUUUUCAGCAACUUUGUCGUCAGUUGUAGGUUGUAUAUAGUUUGGUGUGAAAAAAGGUCAAUUUUCCUACAACAUGUUCAAUUUAGAGUAGCCUUGAAAGGCCUAUUGUGCUCUAUGUUGUGAAAAUGUAUUCGCAAUAAUUAUUAUAUUGGUUGUGAACAUAACUUUUCCAGAUAUGUUAUUAAUGCAUUUUUUAGAACAGCUGGAAAUAAAGCAUAAACUCAGUGGCAAAAUUUGUUUAUAUAGGGCAUAAAAUGUUCUUGGGACAAUACUAAUAUGAUUCUUGUUAGUGGAAUUCUGCAAUGAAAGUGAAUUACAUCAUUAAAUGAUGGGCAUGAAAUUUUCAUGCCCUAGCUACAUGGCCAAUGUGUACAGUGCAACAAUGAAAUACUAGCCAUAUUAAUACCAUUAUAGAGUUGGCUAUUCUGUACACUCAGGUUUCCUUAGAACAGUAGUAAAUAUAUAUGUAUGGACAGGUGGCUUUUAAAAAAAUAUUGUGAGUGCUCAUUGCAUACAGUCAUGUAAUGGUGGCCAUUAUGUUAGAGGUUCAACUCUGCCUAUUGUGACAGUCUAGCUUUCACAAAGUGUUAAUGUAUGUACUUUAUUUUUACUUCUGAUAGGAGGUAGUGUGGUGUUUGCUGGGCUUUCUGGUUUCCCCAAAUUACCAAAGAAGUAUCUUCCAUUGGUCUCUCUUGGUAUGUUACUUUGGAUAAAGAUGAGGAGAUCUUAUCCAAAGGAAUCCUCAUAAAUUAUAGUGAUAAGAAUCAACAACAAUAGCUUGCGAGCAAGCUCUCCUAUUUGGGCGAGCCUCGCGAGAAUGCGCGAGCGAGGGGCCGAGGAAGGGAGAGCUUGCAACAAUCUCUCAUAAAUUUUCAUUUCCACCCUGGAAACCCUGGGACUCUGCAAAGCGUGAAAACUGUCACCGCAAACGUGCCACAGAUUAGAAAAGUGCAACGGCCUGUCAAGUUUAGACAGCCGAGGGCGUGCAGAAUUAUUUAUUUAUAAUCGCUUUUGCAACAGCAUCAAAGCAAUGUUUUUAAUCACUGAUAUGCUUUUUUUUUCCACGGGAACAUCGAACUUCAACAUGUCCGCUCGGAUGAGAACUUAAUACUUUGAUUCCCGUUUGGUUUUCUUUUGAAAAGUCAUCCAUACUGCAUUGUAGAAGACCAACUCCCCGUCGCAAUCACCAACAAAAACAUUAUAUGUUUGUCCUUUCCGGAACUGGAGAAUAGCGUUUUCCUGGACUUGGUUCUCUUAAGUUGUACUACAGUUGCUACCAACUCUUUCUUUUGUCCCUCUUUACAGUCAAGCUACACAGCUACACUGUCAAGUACACGUUUCUAAAUUUUUUCUACCCAGUGGAAUUCAAUUGGGCGAAGAAACCGAUGUUGGAAGGCAGCGCUUGAACCGGGUGCUUAAAUCUCUCUCCACUCUCACUCUUCUCGUUUUCAGAACCAAACAAGGCGCUUAACACAAACAAAUACAACUGAUGAAGGGUUUUCAUUUUCCUUCCACAAGAACUACAAACUCGGUCCGACUUAUCCUCGGUUCGCAAUAUUCUCUUUGCAAGUCCCUAAAUCAAACGAGCCCCCUUGUCUGCUUUGAGGGCUGAAACACGUUCUUGGUACCAAUCUGAUCCCCCUGAGAACCAAACUUGUCACACAGAUGAAGAGGGUGCCAGCUUGGCCUGUUAUCAAUCAACUUUGUUUUCUGGAACGUCAUUUUCCAGCCAAUGGUAUUUCCCUGAGCGUAGUACAAAUGAAAUUUUAUGAGAGAUCAUUGCAAGCUCUCCUUUCCUCUGCCCCUCGCGGCUUCGCCGCUCGCUUGUGCGUUCUCGCGAGACUCGCUUCGCUCGCCCAAAUAAGAGAGCUUGCUCGCAGGCUAACAACAAUAGUGUCAGUUACGCACUUUCCAUGUAACAAUAACACAACUCAUCAAAAAGAGUAAACUUAACAGGAUUCAAUCAUUCAGUCAUUCAAUCAAUCAAUCAGUCAGUUAGUCAGUCAAUUAAUCAAAAUGUAAACUAUCCAUCUCUCAAACAAACAAUCAUUCAUUCUGUCAGACAAAGUAAUCAAUCUUGCUUGUUGUCAUUUCUCAGCACUAUAUACUUUUUGAUAGUACCCAGGAAACUUUGUACCAGGUUUUUGGUAACAUUUCAAAGUGCUAGAUUCAUAGGUGAAACAAGUGGAUGUAAGUAAUUUGUUUUCACCAUGUCCUUUAUAAAAUUAUUAAUUAUUUGUUGUGAAAGUAGAGACUGAUAUGUCAAAUGACUGGACAUUAUGUCUAUCCUCUGGCCUCAGGUAACAUCCCUAAAUAUUGUGUUAUUUUGUAGUUGUGGAGGCUCAAACUUACAGCCGAUUUGCAUUACUUUCUCACAGGUGUAGGGGCUGGCUGUGGAUGGUUUGUGUCAUACAGAGUGAUAACUUCUUGUCGCAGGGGCCUCUCUCUAGAAGGAACAGUGGAUGGAAAGAUUAAUCAAUCACCAGGUUAGAAGCACCUUUGAGCAUGACCUAAGUGUUAGGUCAAGCUGAGUGGAUAUUAGCCAAUUUCUUUUUUUUAUGGACAGAAAUGAAGUCAAGCCAGUCUGUCGAAAACUCAUGAAAAAAACAAGGCCAAAAUCCAACCAUCUUGAUCGAACAAGUGUAAUCAGGAAAGAGUUCAUUGUAUGGCAGAAAUUAAGAGCUCAAGAAUUCAUUGUAGGGCAGAAAUUAAGAGCUCAAAAUUUUUCAUGAACGCAAAGUGAGAGCGGGAGAUUUUCUAAUGUUCUCUAUGGCAGUAGCGGACAACAGAGUGGUAGCCAAUGAAUAGGCUCGACCCAAGGCCUUUUCACAGGCUAAGAGAGCGAGAGGUCUACUACUGGAACUGGAAAUAAGAGGCAAAGGACUUUGACAAAGUCUAGGCAGAAAUUAAAACUUGCUGUGACUUAAAGCUGACUGUGACUUCAAAAUGCAUUUUUUUGGUUAUAAUCUAGGGGUCAUGUAUGUCUUCUUUCAGAUUCAACAGGGCAAACCAGCUAGUACAAAUUGUUUGAAAAGUUUCUAAAAUGGGUUGGUUAGGAAGGCUUUCUUUUCCUUGUUCUUUUAACUAUAUGCAACUGCCCAUGAUUUUUUGUUUUCAUGUCUUUUUUUAUAUUUGUACAGAGAAGAAAAACGACAUACUACUGCCUCCCAAGGAAACAAAAUAUGGAGACAAGGGCUUUGUCAAAGAAUGAUUUUUGGCAAUGAUAAAGCUCUAGUGUUGUGUACAUAAAUAGUUAGAAAUGUGAGCUGUUGUGUGAAAUAUGGAUUCAUCUAAUUCAGAUAACAUUAAUAUCCAUUAUUUGUUCUUCUUGAGGAAUGUAUAUAAAAGAAACGUUUUAGAUCUAUGUGAAAGUGUCAGUUCUCUAUCUUAACAAAAUAAAAUCAUCAUUUGCUC